AUGGAAUACCCAAAAUACCCACUUCCAUUUUUCAAUGAAAGAAAAAAUGACAUGGCGGAAAAACAAUCAUUGCAGCGACACACAGGCCUAAUGUUGGGAUCCCGGGAACAAAACGUACAACAACCAGGCAGGGACGACUUGGAACCUGGCUAUGUGGAGGAAAGAUUCCGUGUAGAUCGCAAAAAACUCGAGCAGAUGCUCCAAGGCUCCAAUGAAAAUGAUGAGAAUGCAGAAGACUUUUUCCAGAGAGUCAUGAGUGAAAGCAACACGCAAAUCACUUGGCCAUCAAAAUUGAAAAUAGGAGCCAAGUCAAAGAAAGAUCCUCAUAUAAAAAUCAUUGGAUUGCCUGAAGAUGUAAAAAAAGCCAAGGAGCAAAUCUUAUCCAUACUAGAUACUAAAAUCAAUAGAGUAACACUGAAAAUGGAUGUGUCAUUCACAGACCAUUCACAUGUCAUUGGAAAGGGAGGCAAUAAUAUAAAGAAGGUCAUGCAGCAAACUGGAUGUCACAUUCACUUUCCAGACUCUAAUCGUGGAAACAACAUUCAAGAAAAAAGCAAUCAGGUAUCCAUAGCUGGUGAACCAACAGGAGUUGAGAUUGCAAGAGCACGUAUCAGGGAGCUAUUGCCCAUUGUAUAUGUGUUUGAGCUUCCCAUGACGGGGACUCCCCAUCCUCUACCAGAUGUCAAUUCUGCUGAGAUUCAGAAGCUACAGCAACAAUAUGAUAUCGCCAUUAGUUUCCGACAGCGCCAAAGGAUAUAUGUUUCCACUGUGAUUGUUCGUGGCACUGUGUAUAAUGCUGAAGCAGUGAAGGAGGGUAUUGCAAAACUAAUGGAACUUCUCACAGGAAACGUAGUGGUGAAAUUUGCAGUCAGCAUGCAGUUGGAAAUUGCACCACAACAUCACCAAUUCAUUAUUGGAAGAAGUGGUAUAAAUAUUAAGCAAAUUAUGGAAAGGACAGGAGCUAGUAUCCACUUUCCUGACCCGAAAACUUCAGCACCUCAGAGAAAAGGAACGAUAUACAUCACUGGGAAUAUUGAGAGUGUGUUCCAGGCCAGACAACACCUUAUUGGAUGCCUGCCUUUAGUACUCAUGUUUGAUGUCAAAAAUGAAAUAGAAAUUGAUCAAGCACACGUCUCUCACUUGAUGGAGCAGCUUGAUGUUUUCAUCAGUGUCAAACCAAAACCAAAACAACCAAACAAAUCUGUGAUAGUUAAAAGUAUUGAACGUAAUUCUGCAAAUAUGUAUAUGGCACGCUCACAUCUAUUGGGAUUGAAGAAAGAAGAAAAAAAUUUCCCAGACAAUUGUGAUAAGAAGCUUGAAGAAUCCAAUUACUUAACCUGUGAUGAAGAUGUGACAUUGUCCACAAUAGAUCUCAAAAAUGCUCUUCAUGACAAUAAACAAUGUAUUAGCUCAGGAGAAUAUCCCAAAGGAUUUGGAAGGAGCCACUCUGCAGUGGAGUUGUCCUCACUUCAGCGAAAUGAAGGUAUUUCUUUUAAAGUGGAAUCAAGUAAUGCUACAGAAUGCCCAGAACGAGGAAGACCCAUUUACACAGCAAGUCUGAUGAGUGGUAGUCACUCUUUAGAGAGCAGUCUCAACAAUAGCAGUCAGUUUUUAGGCUCCAGAGAUGCCAUGAAAACAACAGAAGAGGCAAAUUGCACCAGAAGUGGAAUAGAACUCCAAAAUCUUCAAAUUCUGCAAAAUGAAAUUCAGAUGUUGCAGAAUUUGCAGGAAAUUCAUAAGCUUCAAAAUCUUGCAACAGAAGUAAAUAUGGAGAACAUGAACACAGUUGAUAUGGAGAGCUUUCAUCAAAAUUUUUUACAGUUAAGAGCAGCUAAUGAUGCUGAGUUGAUUGGGAAUUCCUAUUCUUUGGUUGAAGAUUAUGAACAAAAGAAACUAAUGGCAACCAAGGCUAUGCAAAGAAAACCAGAUGGUGAAACACGCAAUCCAACAGACAUUUGGUCUGGAAUGGGUUUUUCAAAGUCCAUGCCAGAAUCAGUCAUACGAGAGAGAAUGCAAAAGUUUCAAGGUGUCCUUGCUUACUGUGAGCCAACUAUGGAAACAACAUAUGAGAAUCCUAAUGAAAAUGAAGAAUUGGAUAUAGAUCCAUGGGAUAAUUCCAGUCCUGGCUUGAUUGGAAGCAAACCAAUGAAUUUGGCUCCUGGAGAAUAUCCAAGCCCUCGCAAAAAAUGUGACUUCAAUGAUUAUCUAAGCAGUAGUAAUCACGUAGACAGUGCUAAUAUACCACCGGUCAACAAUUUUUGGGACAGUGACCACACAGACUUGCCAGAACUUUUUAGUAAACUAGGACUUGGAAAAUAUAGUGAUCUGUUCCGACAGCAAGAGAUUGAUUUGGCAACAUUUCUGACACUUACAGAAACUGAUUUAAGAGAACUUGGAAUAACAACAUUUGGUGCAAGAAGAAAAAUGCUGUUGGCGAUUGCAGAUUUAAAUAAAAGAAGAAGUCUGAUGAACACAGAGAGUGGUGCAAAUAUUAAUAGCACAACUGUUGCUACUGAUUUCCCUGAUAAUGGGUCCAAUACCAGUCUGAGAAGGGACCCCCCAUCUACUGCUGCCCAAAGAUUCUCUGACUCUGGCAACAGGUCAAUUCUGGAUAAUUUGCAGAUGUCUCCUUCUGUGGGAAAGAGUGGUUUUAGUAAUCCAAGUUCUCUCAUGCACAGUUAUACAUCACCUCGGAACCAUGGAGGAAAUUUUUCCAUGAAAAGUCAAUUUCUCAGUCAGAGUGCGAGAUUAAGUCACUCUUACAAUUCAGAUCACAAUGCUCAGUUGAUGAGAGGAUCUGGACUUAGCCAGAGUGGAAGUUUCAACUAUGCACCUGUAAACAGGUUAUUUCGUGGAGAUAGGAUGAUCAAAACACCCCCAGGAUUUCCUUCAAAGAAAGUUGGUCUUAAUCACAGUGCUGGUGGCAAUCUCUUUGCCUCCUCUGAAUUAUAUUCUCAUCAUAUUGACUAUACGUCAUCUGCAGAUGCCAGUCCUAAAAAGCCACAGUCUGAUGUUGCAAGCUUAAGUGGAAGAUGGUAAAUUGAGUUAAUACACAGCCAACUGAAGCUUUUUUUUAUACUAAUGGCUGCUACUUUUUAAAUGUUGUACACAUAAUAUUAUUUGA